AGGCUUCCCGAAAUCAUGUCAAUAGGAUCACAUUCAUUCUCUCCAGGAGGUCCUAAUGGGAUUAUUAGAAGCCAGUCCUUUGCUGGCUUCAGCGGGCUUCAGGAGAGGCGCUCCAGGUGUAACUCCUUUAUUGAAAAUUCCUCUGCACUUAAGAAGCCCCAAGCAAAGGUGAAGAAAAUGCAUAAUUUGGGCCAUAAGAACAGCACCACGCCCAAAGAGCCCCAGCCUAAAAGGAUGGAAGAGGUCUACCGAGCCCUGAAGAAUGGCCUGGAUGAGUAUCUGGAAGUUCACCAGACAGAGCUGGAUAAGUUGACUACUCAGUUAAAAGACAUGAAAAGAAACUCACGCCUGGGAGUCCUGUAUGAUUUAGAUAAGCAAAUCAAAGCAGUCGAAAGAUACAUGAGAAGGCUGGAGUUCCACAUUAGCAAGGUGGAUGAGCUUUAUGAAGCCUAUUGUAUCCAAAGACGUCUCUGUGAUGGUGCCAACAAAAUGAAGCAAGCCUUUGCAAUGUCUCCUGCCAGCAAAGCAGCUCGAGAGAGUUUAACCGAAAUCAACAGGAGUUACAAGGAGUACACAGAGAACAUGUGUACUAUAGAAGCAGAGCUGGAAAACCUAUUGGGGGAGUUUUGCAUCAAGAUGAAAGGUCUGGCUGGCUUCGCUCGGCUCUGCCCGGGAGAUCAAUACGAGAUUUUCAUGCGUUAUGGUCGCCAGCGAUGGAAACUGAAAGGCAAAAUAGAAGUGAAUGGCAAGCAAAGCUGGGAUGGAGAAGAAAUGGUUUUCCUCCCUCUCAUUGUUGGACUGAUCUCCAUUAAGGUCACAGAAGUUAAAGGACUUGCUACUCACAUCCUUGUGGGAAGUGUUACCUGUGAGACAAAAGACCUGUUUGCAGCUCGGCCUCAGGUGGUUGCAGUAGACAUUAACGACCUUGGCACAGUAAAGCUGAACCUUGAAAUCACCUGGUAUCCCUUUGAUGUUGAAGACUUGACCCCAUCCACAGGAAAUGUGAGCAAGGCAUCUGCUCUCCAGAGGAGAAUGUCCAUGUACAGCCAAGGCACUCCAGAAACACCAACCUUCAAGGACCACUCAUUCUUUAAAUGGCUGCAUCCCCUGCAAGACAGGCCAAAGUUGACAAUCUUAGAUGCUCUGCAAGACACUUUUUUUGACAAGCUUCGUCGCAGUCGCUCUUUUAGUGACCUGCCAUCACUCAGGCUAAGCCCAAAAGCAAGGCUAGAGCUAUAUUCGAAUUUGCCAGAUGACGUCUUUGAGAAUGGAACGGUGACUACCGAGAAGCGGCCUCUUUCUUUCACUUUUGGCGACCUGCUUUACGAAGACCGUGUGCCCCCUGCCAAUGCAGCAAAGUCCUCUUCUGCUCAUGUCAGCUCCAGCCCUGACAUCACUGCGACCCCCAGCCAGCACCGAGCUCUCAAGUCCUCCAAGAGCUCAAGCCUGGACUGUAGCAGCAGUGACUCCCGCAGAGACUCUGCCGCCGAGCUGAAGGACCUGCCAUCCCAGGGAGAGGGAGCAGUGGUUGAGAACAAGGCUACCCCCAGAGCAGCUCCUAAAGAUUGCCAGAACAACUCUGAUGCUGGGAGCGAUCGUGUCGUUACAGAGGCAAGCGUUCCGGUGUCUCUCCUGCAGGACACGGAUGAAGGUUCAGAGCUCAAGCCCGUGGAGCUGGAUACCUAUGAGGGCAACAUCACGAAGCAGCUGGUAAAAAGGCUUACAUCAGCAGAGGCACCCAUGACCCCAGAGAGGCUGCCGUGUGAGGGAUCGAUUAGUGGGGAGUCAGAAGGAUAUAAGUCUUACCUCGAUGGAAGCAUUGAAGAAGCCUUGCAAGGGCUUCUCUUAGCUCUUGAGCCACAUAAAGAGCAGUACAAAGAGUUUCAGGACCUGGACCAAGAAGUGAUGCGUCUGGAUGACAUCCUAAAAUGCAAGCCAGCAGUAAGCCGAAGCAGGUCCUCCAGUUUAAGUCUAACAGUUGAAAGUGCUUUAGAAAGCUUUGAUUUCCUGAACACCUCUGACUUUGAUGAUGAGGAUGGUGGUGGUGUGGAGGUUUGUAAUGGUGGAGGAGGUGCAGACUCAGUAUUUUCGGAUACUGAGAUUGAGAAGAAUAGUUACAGGACGGAGCACCCAGAAGCCAGAGGCCACCUGAGCGAAGCUCUCACCGAGGACACGGGCGUGGGCACCAGCGUGGCCGGCAGCCCUCUGCCCCUGACCACAGGGAACGACAGCCUCGAUGUAACCGUAGUUAAGCACUUGCAGUAUUGCACGCAGCUCAUUCAGCAAAUUGUGUUCUCCAGUAAAACACCGUUUGUGGCAAGAGACCUCCUGGAUAAGCUGUCCAGGCAGAUCCUCGUGAUGGAGAAUAUCGCAGAGAUCAGCACUGAGAACUUGGGAAACAUCACCUCUCUUACUGAUGCAAUUCCAGAGUUCCACAAGAAGCUGUCACUGCUGGCAUUCUGGAUGAAGUGUACUGGCCCUUCAGGAGUGUAUCACACAUCUGCAGACAAGAUGAUGAAGCAGCUGGAUAUCAAUUUUGCCACCACUGUGAAUGAGGAGUGUCCAGGACUUGCAGAAACAGUCUUCAGGAUCCUGGUGUCUCAGAUCCUGGACCGGACGGAGCCCGUCCUCUACUCCAGCAUGUCCUCCGAGAUCAUUACCGUCUUUCAGUAUUACAACUAUUUUGCCAGCCACAGUGUUAAUGACCUUGGAAGCUAUUUGCUGCAGCUCGCAAAAGAAGCCUCUGUGGUUCAGGUACUGCAGUCAGUGAAAGAUGGAAAACUGCAGCAAAAUGUGGCCAAAAUAAACUCCAAUAACCUGCCACCACAGCAAGAAGUUUUGAGAGCUUUGGCUUUACUUCUCAAUGAAAAUAAAAAUGAAGUCAGCGAGACUGUGGCAUCACUUCUGACAGCUACCGCAGAGAACAGGCACUUCAGGGAGAAGGCCUUGAUUUAUUACUGUGAAGCACUAACCCAGCCCAACCUCCAGCUGCAGAAAGCAGCUUGCUUGGCUCUAAGAUACCUCAAGGCUGCUGAGAGCAUUAAAAUGCUGGUCACGCUCUGCCAGUCUGACAACGAAGAGAUCAGAAAAGUGGCCUCCGAAACCCUGCUCUCACUUGGUGAAGAUGGGAGACUGGCAUAUGAACAGCUGGACAAAUUUCCCCGGGAAUUCGUUAAAGUUGGAAGCCGCCGUGGAACUGAAGCUGCCACAGCUUUUUAG